CUGACGUCUUCACAGUGCCGCCCUGCUGUGCUGGGUGGGCAAGCGCAAGUGAAAUCGUCCCACGUGGUGUAACACAUUCCCCCGUUGAGACAAGGGUUCCUCUGAAGAAGACACAAGGACAAAGGUCUUGGAUGCAUCCUUUAAAAUGCCCCCCCCAAACGGCAGCAGCGUGGCUGUCCAGCAGACCUCCGACAUAGACGCUAUCUCCUGCUCGAACGCCGCUCUCCAUGUCUCCCAGCUGAGCCGUGACCACGCCGUCCUCCAGCCACACGUGGAGGUGGCGCGUGCUGCCGUUGCCCACUGCCAGCAGGAGGCCGCCGGGCUUCCGCGUGCGGAGGAAGAGAGACAUCGAGAGGCCUUCGCCCAGCUCGUCCGUGGUGACGUUGAAGACGGCGUAGCUCAGCGAGUCCUCGCUCCCAAAGCGAGCGCUCACAUGUUCUGAAGGGAGCCCCGUUUGGGCAUGGCUUGUCUUGGCAUUCAUCAAUGUCGAUUUCACAACGGUGGCCUUGGAAACCGGGCGGGCAGGUGCAAAGCCAGCCACCCGCGUUGUCGUGGCAACUGCCGCCAUUGAGACACGGCUGGAAUCGACACUCAUCGAUGGAGACCUCACAAGUGGGCCCUGAGACGAUGAAAGCAACACACGCGUGUCCCAGUGCAAAAUGCUUGCUUUUAUGUGGACUGUCAUCCAUCAUAUAUGCUUUCAAGCCUCCCUCCACGACUGUACUGUAGUUAUAAAAAGUCUACACACCCCUGUUGAAAUGCCAGCUGUUUUUUAAUGCAGAUGAAUUAUUCCUCGACUCCAACAACACUGCCUGUUUGUGUUCCCUCACCAGUGAAGCCAGCGGCACACAGACAGGAGUAUCGGCCCACUCUGUCAACACAGGUGCCUCCGUUUGCGCAGGGCCGGGAGACGCAUUCGUUGACAUCGAUGUGACAGUGAGAACCCUGGAAGCCCGGCACGCAGAAGCAGGCGUAGCCGUCCUCGCGGAUUUGACACAAGGCUUGGUUUUGGCAAGGAUUUGGUGAGCAUAGAGGUUGGCCCAAAGGAGACGCACCUAUACACACACGUGAUAAUGAGAAGUUUUAUAUUCCAAUUGUGAUAAGGUAAGUCAGAAGGUUGUGGAACAAAACACAAAGUGCAUCAUCAUGACUCAUUUGGAGCCAAAAAAAUGGAUAUUAGUUUUUAUUCAAUGCCAUACAGGGACUAAAGAGGAUCGCAAUCAGCUGUGCAAGUGGCGCACGGCGAGAUGAUAAACACUUGAGGAUAAUCUUGAGCACAGCAAAGUGGUUAUUGCACGGAUAGGAAGCGUGACGACCGUGCUAAAAUCGCAACGUUGUAAUGCACAAAUGUAUGCACAUAGCCACGGUAAUCCUACUUGGAGUGUCCAAUCAGGCUGAGUGCAAAACCCAUGAGAGGCUCUUGCGCACCAUGAUUGCUGAAGGGCAAUCAGACGACUUGUGCCAUAUGUCCGUGAGCAGGAGGAAUAUGCAAAAAUAUUUCCUGGUAAAAAAAAAAAAUCUUUUUCUUUUCUAUUUUGUACAAAAAUGCGUGUUGGGGUAAUUAAAUGUCAUUUUAAUGUGAGCGAAUUUUUUCCCCCCAUAAUUAAGUUUAGGAUUAUUACUGUAAAAUCUAAUACUGUAUACAUUAUGGCCAUGACAGUCACUUCAAUGAUUAUUGAAUGUAAUAUGAGGGCAACUUCAUAAUUACCGUAAUUUUUGGACUAUAAGUCACGUUUUGUUUUCAUAGUUUGGGUGGGGGGGUGACUUAUACUCAGGAGCGACUUAUAUACAUAUAUAUGUUGUUUUUUUUCACUUUUUUGGGUAUUUAUGGCUGGUGCGACUUAUACUCCGGUGCGACUUAUAGUCCGAAAAUUACGGUAUGCUUUGGUUGAAGUGUGCUGUAUUCAAUUGAUAGUUUCUCUUUAUCCACUUACAGUGUCUGUGGAUAAACAGAGUGACUCCUAAUAAAUGAAACAGUGUGGAAAUGAGUUACUGUAACCCAAAAGGCUAACAUGAAAACAUCCAGUGAUUUAUUUGAGAGGAAAUCGAGACAGGUGCGGCAGAGAUUCAGAGAUGGCCACCCCACUCCCACAGCGUGCGGACUUUUCAAAUUGGAGAUAACAACUUGGGGGGGUUGCUGCGUCGCCAAGAUGUAUAGCGUGUCUACAGAAAAUGGAUGGAUGGAUGGAUGGAUGGAUGGACAUUUUCAAGGAAACAAAUGAAAUAAAAAAAAAGGCUCUCGUGUGUUGUCAACUCCAGAAGCACUUCAACGCACACUUCUGCUGCCCAUUGGAGCACCAUCAGGAGCCUCCAUCACAUAAAGAGCCUGAUGGCCAACCGUAUCCAGGGAGGAGGAGCUUGACUCGGAGGUGUUGAUCCAGACAACUGAGCAGCGAGCUUUGAAAGCUGAGGAGGCCCUCCAGGCAGCGCUGGAGAACAUUAAAAGCCUGGCGAGACAACUACAUGAUUCUUUAGAAGAAAAGUUGCCUGCUGUUGUUUCUCCAAAGAACGCCACACAUCAACGCAAAUGUUUCUCAUGAUGUCGCCGUGAAUUUAAUUAAGAAAAAGCAAAUUGUACAAUACUAAAUGAGUAGUGUAAAAGAUGCUGCUGUAACUCCACUGGAAAGCUGACAGAAAAUCAAAGCCAAGCACAACACAGCGUGGUCAGCAGAAGCCUCAAAGUGGACCGCAAAUCUCUGCAUGCAUCUGCUGACAGAUCAAAUGGAUCAAGGCACGAUGAACCCGGACGUGGUUUUAGCGAAGCUGAAGAAAGAUGUCCGCUCUUUACUCAUUUCCUCCAAAGUCGAUCUGGACCCUGAGCUACUUAAACGGGACUACAAAAAUAUGGUGGGCCAUCCUCUGCCUCUGAAACUCCUGGGCUUCCCAAAUGUCAUGGAUAUGUUGAAGGAGAUACCUGACGUGGUCUCGGUUAAUGUCCGAGAGGAUGGUAAAACAUUCUUGAAGGCUGUUAGCCACGAGUCCACGAGAAACAUUGAGGAGCUGGUAGCUAAGCAGCGUAUGUCCAUGACGGACAAAAGAAGAAAAAAUUGGCAGUGCUCUUCCAACGGCAACUGUUACCGUUCAGCCCCGUUAAUUCUUCCCAGGCGAGGUGGCGCUCCUCCGGCCCUUCCUCCUCAGCUGAGGGCCCAACUCCGCCUCCUUCUCUCACAGGGACCUGUGAAGUUGUCAGAACUGGACAUGAGCUUUCAACGAUGCUUUGGCCGGCCUCUGCGUGUUCAUAAUUUGGGCUUCUACUCCACUGGAGAGAUGCUGGAAGCUGCUGCAGACCUUGUUUUGAUCCAGCAGGGCAGGUUUGGCUCCAUGUUGACGCUGAGAGAGCAAAUGCUGCCCAGAACAUUUAACGCUAAACAGAGCCUCGGACCACUAAAGGCCACAACCCACGCGGGACUGGACACUCCAGCAAAAUCUCAAGACACCACCGUGAGUUCCGUCCACGAGGAGCCGCCACAUGUCAGUUGUAAUCUGCAAGGGAUUGACAAGACCCAAGAACCAGAACCACAGCUCCACCAGAAAAGUCUCCAUUUUCAUCAGCAUUUCUCAAAGAUGCAAGAGGAGCUUCGCCAGCAGAUUGCAGAGAACGGAGUGGCUGCGACCAUUAGUCACGAGCUCAAAGAGAAACUGCAAAAGGUUGUCGGUCAAAGUAGCUGUGGAAUAUCCGUUCACCAUCUCCCUGAGGAGUACAAGAGGCUUUUGGCUGAGGACUUGCCACUGAAAGAGAAUGGCUUUGUCAGUGUCACUGAGCUGGUGGACGCCAUGAGUGACAUCUUCGACCUGCAAUAUGUGGAUGGGGACAGUAAAUGCGACUGGAUCGUCAAGAACACAACCUCUGAUGCUCUUGGUGGAACAUGGCCACAGACAAACUGCCGCGCUGGAGAAUCUCUUUGGGACGUCAAGGAUGGUCACAUCUCGGUGGACGCGGCCGAAGAACUUUUGACGAUGGAUUAUUCUGUGGAGCAAGAACAGGCGUCAGAGCUGUGUCCCGCCGUUGCGGUGUAUUGCAGCCCCGUCGUGCCUCUGGACGCUCUGCAGAGUCAACAUCUUGAACGGCCGACGCCGCGUCCGUCUUUUGAAUGGCUUCAAGUCACGGUGGUCCAAGUCGAGUCUCCAGGACUCUUCUACGUCCGCUUCACGGGUUGUGAGGAAGCUCAAACCUUUGAGAAGAUGAAAGUGGAGAUGACCGUCUGUUAUUCCUCUCCUGAUGUGUCCGAGCGCUACCGCCUCCCGCGGCCGUUUAUCCGCCGAGGUCAAGUCUGCUGUGCGUCGUCCGAGGACACCUGCUUCACCCGGGGUGUGAUUCACCAGCUCAUCAGCUCCACCAGCGUUGAGGUCUACCAUGUAGACUUUGGCACGGUAACCACCGUGCGUACCGACGGCCUGAUGUUCCUCAAGUCCCGCUUCUCCGUUCUUCCCGCACAAGCCGUCCCAUCGUCACUCGCUGGAAUUCAAGCAACCACUGUAAGCCCUCUGCCUGCCGAGGGUGCCUGGACUUCGGAGGCAAUUGCUUCAUUCGUCGCUCUUUGCAAUCGGCCCCCAGUGGCCGGACUGGUUUGCCACGCGGGAGAUGUGCUCCACCUGUGUCUUUGUGAUACCCACACUGAACAGGACAUCCAUAUCCACAAUGUCCUCAUCAGCCAAGGUCAUGGGGAGCCCUGCGGCCCCUCAGCCAGUGCAGCAGUGUGUGACAAGGUCAGCCCUGUCCGCCUUUACCUGGGGGAAGGUACAUUUCACCUGCCAGAUGUUGACGAGGGGAGCAUUUGGCCGGCGGAAACACUUGAGCAAUCGGAGUUGGAAGCGGAGGAGAAGCCCUCCUUGGAAUUUAUCGGGGACAACGAGAGCAACGCUGAUGUUCAGCCUGAGAAUCCUUCACGUCAAGGAGAGAAGCAGGAGUUUGGUGGCACUGAAACAUCAGCAGUUUAUCCACCCUUUAUCUUGAGGACUCAGGAGAAAAUUCAGGACAACUUAUUUCACGCAAUCGUUACGGGAGCAAAUCUGAAACGAGAAAAAGGUUUGGGCUGGUUCUCCAGCAUCCUUCUGCCUCGAUCGAUCGAUGGCCCUGCGGAUGGUUGAACGGAUGAAGAGCAGAGAAGAGCUUGCAAUAUCAUUUUCAGGUCCAAUAUUGCAUUUUUUUAAUAUAGCCCUAAAGCACAAGCAUUUUGCAGUGGUUCAGUUCAAUUGUGUGUAAACAAUUGAUAUAAAAAAAAGAAGUUUGGAGAAUUAGUUUGGGCAUAUUAAAUGAAAAAAAUAAACGAGUGGUCAUUGUGUUAAUUGUUUAGUCUAACGUGAAUUCCAAAACGUGCGCCCACCUUUUCAUGUCAUAUAAAGUGCUGCAUGUGCUUGAAACUUGCCAGACCAACGUGCAAUAGUUUGUGCCUUUUAUGGGGGAUGUGGAUGGGCCUGGUCAGGCAGACAUACCCAGUUAACCUUAUUAGAGAGAGGAGAGUAAUGGAGUCGAAGGCCAAUUAGUGUGUGUGCGCUGAAUGACGCAGAGAUGAGAUUGCUUUGAUUGGUACAAACGUAAAGCCAGGAAGAAAACCUUCUCGAGGUUUUUGGAGCAUUUUUUUCGGUUGAGCACAUACGAAAGAUUUGCCAGAAAAAGCACGGAUGACUUUGAUAUAGCGUUUCAGCCCACCACACCAGGAUUGCAAAUGAACGAUGCUAAUUUCAAACAUUGCUGGUUUCAUUUCACACUUGACGGUCGGCCACGCAAUCUAGGGACGCAGCGAUUUGGAUCGAAACAAUAAAAAGGCCAUUUGCCAUGCCUCCUUCAA